AUGGCACUAACUAAUGAAAGCCACCCUGAAGAAUUUAUCCUAUUAGGCUUUGCUGACCGUCCUUGGCUGGAGCUUCCUCUCUUUGUCAUUCUUCUGAUAACAUACCCUAUGGCCGUGAUGGGAAACAUCACUAUCAUACUGGUGUCCAAAUUAGAUCCCCGUCUCCACAGCCCCAUGUACUUCUUCCUCACCAACCUCUCCUUUUUGGACAUGUGUUAUACCACAAGCAUUGUCCCUCAGAUGUUAUUUAACCUGGGAAGCUCUAAAAAGACAAUCAGCUACUUGGGCUGUGCAGUUCAGCUUUAUUUCUUCCACAUGAUGGGCGGCACAGAAUGUCUACUCCUGGCUCUCAUGUCCUUGGAUCGUUAUGUGGCCAUCUGCAAGCCUCUUCACUACACCCUCAUCAUGAAUCAGCAAAUCUGUGUCCUCCUAGUAUCCAUUGUGUGGCUGAGUGGAAUGACCUAUGCUGUCUCAGAAGCAACUGUUACAUUACAGUUGCCACUCUGUGGUCUCAACAAACUGGAUCACUUGGUGUGUGAGAUUCCUGUUCUGAUAAAGAUUGCCUGUGGUGAAAAGAGUGUUAAUGAGCUCACACUCUUCGUGAUCUGUAUUUUUAUGCUAGCUGUUCCACUCUGCCUAAUUCUUGCUUCCUAUGCUUGUAUUGGGCAUGCUAUGCUGAAGAUUAAGUCUUCUGAGGGAAGGAAAAAGGCCUUUGGGACAUGUUCUUCACAUCUCAUAGUGGUUUUAUUAUUUUAUGGCCCAGGCAUUAGCAUGUACCUUCAGCCCCCCUCUUCCAUCACUAGGGACCAGCCCAAGUUCAUGGCUCUCUUCUAUGGAGUGGUGACACCUACACUCAACCCCUUCAUCUACACCCUUAGGAAUAAAGAUGUGAAGGGGGCAUUAGGUAGCCUGACUAGAAGGAUUUUCAGUUCCAAGUGA